AUGUACUUGAUGUAUUAUCUGAAUCCCAAGGGUGAGCGUGUUUACACUCUCAAGAAAACCGAUCCUACUGGCGCUCCCACCUUUUCUGCACAUCCCGCACGAUUCUCACCUGACGAUAAAUUCUCUCGUCAGCGCAUUACCAUCAAGAAGAGAUACAAGGUUCUGCUUACCCAGACUCCUGCUCGUCCUCUGUAA